GACCCAGGGCCGGGCUCCCUGUUGUGUAAUACAGUCUGAGUAUAAACUAUACACUAAUGUUAACAUUGUAUCUUAUUCUUUGAAUUCUAGUAUGGGAAGAGCCAGAGAAAAUCUAUGUCAAGAGUUUUUCAAGUACGAAAAGAUUGAAGAUAAAAGCAUCUGUAAAGUUUGCAACACAGACAUGGUUGGAGAGCAUGCAGCAAGUUUAGAGCGGCACCUGAAGCGUCCCCAUUCCGAGGAUGACGAUGCAGUGCAAAGCAAGAAGACAAGGACGGUUGAGCAAAGAGUCGGGCGUGCUCCACGUUAGACGGAGUUGCCGUUUCAGAAUGCCUUAAGGUCCUGGCUGGCAGAUCCAACCGGAUGUUCCACGCAAGCAUGCCAUCCCCACCAGGCCCCCUUCACCUGUCCCCCGUGGACCCCACAGCCACCCUGGAGGAGCUCGAGGCUGCACGGCUCAGCUUCCGCACCUUCCGCUACCAGGAGGCAGCGGGGCCCCUCGAGGCCCUGGUCCGGCUGCGGGAGCUGUGCCGGCAGUGGCUGCGGCCCGAGGUGCACUCCAAGGAGCAGAUGCUGGAGCUGCUGGUGCUGGAACAGUUCCUGGGUGCUCUGCCCCCCGAGAUCCAGGCCUGGGUGCGGGAGCAGCAGCCAGGCAGCCCUGAGGAGGCCGUGGCCCUCGUCGAAGGGCUGCAGCAUGACCCCAGGCGGCUGCUGGGCUGGAUCACAGCUCAUGUUCUGGGGCGAGAGGUGCUCCCAGCAGCCCAGAAGACUGAGGGGUCCUCAGGGCCCCUCCUCCCCUCGGGGGCAGCGGAGACCUCGGGGACAGCCCCUGUGGAGGGGCCACAGCUUGCCCAGAUGGACAGUCCUGCCCAGCUCAGCUGCAGCGUGAAGGAAGAGCCAGAUGCUGAUGGACAGGAGAUGGUUCCCCUGGGUCCUCUGAUGCCAGCCCAGUCCCUGGAGAGGCGCCUUGAUCAUCAGAAGCCAGCCUCUGCAUCCUUCCUACCUGCCAGGAUUCAGGAGGAGUGGGGGCUGCUGGACCCAUCGCAGAAGGAGCUGUACUGGGACACGAUGCUUGAGAAGUAUGGGACGGUGGUCUCCUUGGGGAUACCGCCCCCCAGGCCGGAGGCACCCACUGUGGCUGAGCCAGGGGUCCCAUGUGCAUGGAAAGGAAGCUGUGCAGGCGUCUGCCCUGGAGACGAGGGUCGGAGCCCCCGCGAGGCACCUCCUGGCUGCACAGAGACCUGGCCACUGCGGGCCCCAGCUGCCAUGUGUAUCCCAAUUCCACAGGUGCCUGGUGUCCCAGGCAGGGCCAUGUCCCCCAGGCCUGGGCCUGAGCCGGCGCUGGGAGUGCUGCACGGGAAGCCUUACACGUGCAAACAGUGCGGCCUGGGCUUCAACUGGAAGUCGGUAUUCGUCAUCCACCGGCGGACACACGCCGGUGGGCAACGGGCCACAGGGGCCAGUGAGAGGCUGCCACCACACCCCCAAGAACCGCCUCUCCACCCGUGGUGUGCACCGCCGACAGGCCCCUGCAGUUACCCGUGCGAGGAGUGCGGGCGCAGCUUCAGCUGGAAGUCGCAGCUGGUCAUCCACUGCAAGAGUCACGUCGGCCAGAGGCGCCACUUUUGCAGGGACUGUGGCCGAGGCUUUGACUGGAAGUCCCAGCUGGUCAUCCACAGGAAGAGCCACCGGCCUGAGGCUCCAUGAGCCGAUGGAGAAGGCCUUGCACAGCCCCCAGCCUGACUCAGCUCCUCGGCCUGGGGCCAGGAGGCUCUAGAGACAGUGGAGUGAACCAGAGGUCACUGUUGGGGGUACCUGAGGAAAGGAAGCGUUUGCCUCCCCUCUAGCUCCUGCCUUGGAAUGAGCCUGAGUUUGGAUCUGCUGCUGGCUGGUGGCCCCAGGGUAAAUCCCAAGCCUUGGCACCCCCAAAAAGUGGCUGAUCUUCCGUCUGUGUCAAAGACCGGAGGAGCCUUUGAAGGGAAGCCAGCUCCUCUUUAGGUAAGACGGCCGAGGAUUUGCUCCUGCUGAGCUUGGGAGCCACAGGCUGCUCCACGUGCCUCCGCUCCUCAUGGCCCUCAGGGGGCUCUUUGGAGUUCUGAAGCUCUGCCUGCUUUCAAAGCCAGCCCUUUGGGGAUGAAGAGUCUCAAUCUGACGUCUCCUGGAAAAGUCCGAAGAUCUCGCAGCUGGAGCUGGAGAGUUGCUAUGCUUAGGAGAAAGGACAGACCUCUGCCCUACACACACACACACACACACACACACCUCCUGAAGUCCCCAGCCAGCCCCCUCCCCCCUCUCGCCCAUGUGCCUUCUUACUCAUUGUCGUCUUGCUAGCACGGAGUCCUGCAUAGGCCACCAAAAGGAGGGCCAAGGUGUGAAGGGUGCUAUGGGCAGGUUUAGAUGAGGCCAUCAGCACCUUUGGAUCAGGCUUACAUUCCCACAGUCCACAUGAUAAUUCAGAAUAAUCUCCCUGUUUAGGGAUCCUUAAUCAUAUCUGCAAAUUCCCUUUUGCCAAAUAUUGCAAUUUAUUCACAGGCUGUAGGAUUAGGACAUGAAAACCAUUGUGGACCCAUUGUUCAGGGAAGGUGAGGAUGGUGGUGAAGGCAUGGUGUCACACAGGGCGGAGAGCAGUUUUGAAAUAAAAGUUUUUAAUGUUUACCAGUUGUUGCUCAAUUAGAAAAUUUUGAAAUGUUCAAGAGGAAAAAAAUAUGAAAAUGGCUUCUACUUUCGUUUUCUAAUGUUAAUUCCAGGCAGGAACCUUUUUAAAAUAUAGUUCCUUAUUAGCUUAGUAGGUGUCAUUUUGAAUUACGAUCCUUUCACUUCUUCCCCUAGGUUAUUAAAAAUGUUUUUAAAGGCCUGGGUGAAACUUCCAUUUUCUGGUCUGUGUCAUUAAGUCUGCUGAGCCCAGAGAGUUCCCCACUCUUCCCCAUGGCAUAAUAAGCUAUGAAUGACACUCGUGUGUAUGCAUCUCUGGGGAACUCUAUUUUCUUAAGAAAAGUUUCCCCAAGUGAGACUUUUGAGUCACAAGGAACAUGGGGGCCCAGGGAAAUGUGGUCCAGUGAAUGGAAAUGGCCCUUCUGCCUGAGUAGGCCACAAGUUUUGUGGCUACUGUACAAUGUUUGGGUGGGGCCCACCAAGGGGGACUGGGCAGCCCGUUGGUAAUGUAAAUAAGGCUCAGGGGACCGCGGAGGUUCUUGGGUAUCACCAAGUCAGUUCCAAUUGAUAGUGGUCCGUGUACAAUAGAAUGAAGCACUGCCCAGUCUUGCACCGUCCUCACAGUUGCCCUGUUUGAGCCCAGUGGCCCAUACACUCACUGAAGGGCUUCCUGUCACUGAUCUCUUUCACCCAGCAGGGAGCUUUCUCCUGGGAUGACGUCCUCCUCGUGAUAUGUCCACUGUAGGUAAAAUGCAGUCUUGCUUUCUUCCCAUCUAAGGAGCGUGCAGUCUGCACUUCCAACACCUGCAGCCACAGAGUGUUCUUUUCUCCGUUCAUGAUGUAUUCCGUAUUCGUCACCAACACCACAACUCAGCCAUCGAUAAUUCUUCAUUCUGCCUUCCUUAUUUGUUGUCCAGCUUUCAUAUGAGCUCAUUGAAAGUACUAUUGCUUGAGGCAGGUGAAAGUCAUUCCUCCAGGUGGCAUCUUUGCUUUUUAACGCUCAGCAGGCUCUCGACUGCAGUCCCAAUGCAGUCCACCAUUUGUCUACCUGGCUGCUGCGUCUGAGGGCAUGGAAAGUGUUCCUGAAUUCCCAUGCUUUACAGUGGUACCCACAAUUGUGGUGAUCCAUCAGUUAAAUACCUUUGCAUUCAAUAAAAGACAGACAGACAUCGUU